AGUUUGUCUGGUAAAUAAUAAAUUUGGAAGCGGUUAAAAAUAUGGCCAGCCGAGUCAUCCCUAGUCACGCGGGAAAACUCGCUUGUGGCGGCGCGUGUCGCAGUAAACUUAGCUAUUUAGUAGUUUAGUAAUAAUCAAUCGGCCGCGACUCAGAGCUUCUUCUGGGUCUUCGCAUCAAGUAAACUUGUCGUCGCCACGAGGCUUUCUUCUUCGUCUUCGAGAAUCUCUUAAGGACAAGAGUGCUGUGCUGAAACGGGUGUUUAUAUAACAAGCUUGUACUGGGUGGGCCUUGACGAGUUUACUUUACUGAACUUUGGAGUCCUGAAAAACCAAGUGAUCUUUCUUGUGAAUCAAAGCCGCACACAAGAAGGAUGAGCUUUGCGUGCCUUGUGUGUCACAGUGUAGAGAGCCCGUCCCACUCGUUUAGAAGCUACUCUGUAUCUAGCUCAGACAACGAAGGAAGAUGCUCCGUGAUUGCUAGCUGCCUCACUAGAAAAUCACUCAUUCAAGCUGCAAGAUCCAACACUUUCCCUGCAUCUUCCUCAAAGGUAACACCACAGCCAAAUUUCCAGGCAGGUGAUCUGAUGAUAACACAAGGAGCUUCGCCACGGUUAGUGCGAAGCCGUGCAGGGAGAAGAGACUGGAACUUCAACGAAAUCGAGGCAGGGCCUUAAAACCAAAUCUGACUCUCUUCUCUUAUAGACUAGUGUUAGUUUGUUCAUCCUUCGGGAGAUCUUAGCCGUCUAUCUUCUGAGUUCUGCUCAAACGAUCUUACAUUCAUCACUUGUCAAAUUUUGUACUCUUCUCACUACUUCUUUAUAGCCCAAUAAAUCUAUAAUAUUAUCUUUAAUGUU